GCUCGAAAUUUCUACCGCCACAUUCUAUACACAAAUAUCGAGAAGAACUUUAAGACGGAAUCAUUGAAACUCUCUAAUAUAUUACCACUUAUAUGGUCUAUGCGCAAUUCGGAACGCGCUUUCAACGGUUUAGUGCUUUCAUCGACACAUCGAUUGCAUACGAAAAAAUAAUGAAAUAUUUACUUUAUUUAAAAAUAUUAAAAUAAUUACUUUAUUUUUGAACAAAGAAGAGAUGGAGAAAGCAAUAAAAGAGAAAUAUCCACAAAUUAAACAAUUGUUUGGGUAUGAUCCAAAUUUCAAAUGGAUUGUCACUGGGAUGGUACUGGUACAGUUUCUAUCGCUCUUUAUCAUCAAAAAUUUGAGCUAUUCAAAACUCUUGCUAUUAGCAUACUGCUUUGGAGGUGUGAUAAACCAUUCUCUUAUGCUUGCAAUACAUGAGAUAUCUCAUAAUCUUGCCUUUGGACAUGCCAGGCCUAUGGCUAAUCGACUGUUUGGCUUUUUUGCAAAUCUGCCAAUAGGAAUACCAAUAUCUAUCAGUUUUAAAAAAUAUCAUCUUGAACACCAUCGUUAUCAGGGAGAUGAAAAAUUAAAUACGGACUUACCAACAUUGUUAGAGGCAAAAUUAUUUUGUACAACUUUUGGAAAGUUCUGUUGGAUACUAUUACAACCACUUUUCUAUGCAUUCCGACCUCUUAUAACAUAUCCAAAAAUACCAACUAUUCUGGAAUAUAUAAAUUUAGUUAUACAAUUAACAUUUGAUGGCUGUGUAUGGUAUUUUUUUGGUGGUAAAGUGUUGUUUUAUUUGCUUAUUGGCUCUCUCAUGGCAAUGGGAUUACAUCCCGUAGCAGGACAUUUUAUAUCGGAGCAUUAUAUGUAUAAAAAAGGUUUUGAGACAUAUAGUUAUUACGGUCCUCUAAAUUUCAUUACUUUCAAUGUUGGAUAUCACAACGAACACCAUGACUUUCCUGCAGUGCCUGGUUUGAGAUUACCAGAGGUGAAACGUAUAGCCGCGGAAUUUUACGAUAACUUGCCACAACAUAAUUCGUGGGUUUCUGUUUUAUACGAUUUUGUGAUGGAUCCUGAAAUUGGGCCAUAUGCAAGAAUGAAGAGAAGGCAUCGAGGAUUGGAUCGAUAGCUUUUUAACUUUUUUAUGCUAAGAAUACCACAUAAGAUUUAUACAUCAAUUGUUAUGUGGAAUUGCAUGUUUAUUUAACAUACAAUUAAAAAAUUUGCUAUAUUAUUUGGGAUAAAACCUGAGUGUUAUAUGCUGAGAAGCAUAUUUAAUUUGCUUAAAUUGUAAUGUAAAUUUGGGGAAAAUAAUUUGAGGAUAAUAUUGAUCUGUGCAAACAAUUUUUCACUGUUUCUAUUAAACUUUUUUUUUAGAUGUCUGUUUCUUGAAAUCUAGUCAUAUUGUCUAACUUUUGAUUUAUUAUUAUUUAUUUGUACCUUCAGCUUUCGCUAAUAAGUGAGCUAACUUGGCUAACUUUUGAUUUAUUCGUAUCAUUUAAUAUAAAUUAUUUUUUAUCAAUUCUUUUUGCUCAAUGAAAAGAUAGAUAAUUUAUCUUCAAUUCUGAUUCAAUUUUUAUUUCCGACUCAAAUUAGCAAUUUUUUUCUAUUUAGAUCGUGUUUAGAUAUACACAGCUAGCACUAAAAAUCUAGUAUAUGUAACGUGAACUAUAGAUUUUUAGUACCGUGUAUAUCUGAACACAAUCUUUAAUUUGAUAAUUAUCAGUGUUUUCGACAAAAUCAGGUUCUUAAUAAAAUUUUCGAGAGCAAUUAAUUAGAGCUGUUAUAAUUCUGCCUCAAUUUGUAUAUUAAAUCUAAAGAAACUUUUAAUUAUAAACAUGAGUUAUAUAAAUUGCAUUUAUUGAAAUCUUGGAAUGAUUUAACCUGCGUUCGUCGAAAGCGUUCUAUUUCGCAAAAUGUAAUGUCUGUGAUGCAAGAAUAUAUAUUCUAUGUAAAAUAUACUGACUAUUAGAUGACAUUGUUAUUUAAAAUUUGUAUCUGACAAACACGGGACAAUAUAUGCCACAUAAAUUAUAUAUAUCGCUUUAAUAAAAUAUGAUACGAAAUUAA